AGGAGGAGGAGGAGGAGGAAAAGGAGGAGGAAGACUAGACAGUGUGGCAGACAGGUGCGCCUCCUCAGUCCGAGUGUUCCUCCCCCUGUCAGGUGCAGCAGCCAUGGAUCCCCGUAACAAGGACAAGAUGCGAAAUCCCAUGAAAGCUAAAACCAGCAAGCGGAAAGAAAAGAAGCACCGAAGCGGCGUGUUCACCAGGAGGAAGUCGCUUCGGUCUUUGAGUCAUUUCAUGGGCAGGAUUCUUAAAACUUUGAGCACUUUAGCGCACUUCGGCGAGGGACGACCGCCGGAGUACAAGGAGAAGGAGGACGACGACGGCGGCUUCGGUCGGAGCGACAACGGCGGGUUCAGAGACGACACCCUGGUGGGUCUACCGAAGGUCGGCGCCGUGAAGAAGAGCGCCACGGUGUCCUCUCACGGUUCGGUCAAAGAGCGGCUGUCGUGGUGCUACGGCGACAAGACCCCGGGCGCUCUGGGGCUCAAGAACCACGGCAACACCUGCUUCAUGAACGCCGUGGUGCAGUGUCUCAGCAACACCGACCUGCUGGCCGAGUACCUCGGACUGGAGCAGUACAAGCCGGACUUGUGCCACCCGAGGGUGAACGUCCAGGUGAGGGGAGACGAGACCUCUAGGGGAGAGGUGACCGAGCAGCUGGCGUCGCUGGUUCGAGCCCUGUGGACGCUGGAAUACACCCCGCAGCUCUCUGUGGACUUUAAGAGCAUCGUGGCCAAAUAUGGCACUCAGUUUCGGGGCAACUCUCAGCAUGACGCCCUGGAAUUUCUCCUCUGGCUGUUGGACAGAGUUCAUGAAGAUGCCAAAAACCCAAACAACAAUAACAGCAGUAGCAGUAGCAACAACGCCAAAGCCAACGUCAAGGGACCCAGCUCACUGGAGGACCUGUCCAAUCCUCGGUUGGCCAGCACACAGCAGCCUCGAGGCCGCAACAGUUUUGUCCAGGAACACUUCCAGGCCCAGUACAGGUCGUCUCUCACGUGCCCUCAUUGCCUUAAGCAGAGCAACACCUUUGACCCGUUUUUAUGUAUCUCCCUGCCCAUCCCUCUACGGCAAACCAGGCCCAUGUGUGUAACGUUGGUAUUCAGCACCAAGGGUCAAAGGUACCUGCGGGUUGGCCUCGCUGUGCCUCUUUUUGGUUCCUUGUCUACCUUAAGAGCCAUGGUGGCUGAGGAGGGGGACAUCUCUCCAGACCAGGUUAUCCUGGCCGAAUUGUAUUCCACAGGGUUUCAGCGUUCCUUCUCGGACGAUGAUGACUUGACAGCAAUUGCUGAUAGCGACGUUAUCUACGCCUUUCAAGCUGCGCCUCACUACGGUCGUGGAGGCUCUUCACCACACUCAGGGUAUCACCACAGCCUCCCCAGUUCCCCCUACAGCUCCACGGCUGGGCCUGGAGGUCAAAGGUUACCAUCAUCCGGCACACUGUCCACUGAAUACCUGAGCCAGGGCGGCUCUUCCUCCAAGGUUCUGCUCCUCAUCUGCAACACAUCCGGAUCCGGCCCACAAGCUGUCAGGUUUGGACCUCCAUUUAUCAUGCUCGAAGACAGGAGCAUCUCUUGGGAGCAGCUGCAGCAGAGCAUCCUCAGCAAGCUCUAUUAUCUGAUGCUCAACAGAGCUCAGGCUCAGAACACAAGGGUGCUGUUUAAGAUUCGAGUGGUGGGUGGAUCGGCUGCCUAUAGCUACCUGUUACCUCAAGAUAGCAGGCCUCUGCAUCACACUGCCAUUGACAGGGCAUUGAAAUGUUGUGGCCCUGGGGGACCUCCACAUGUGAAGGUUGUCAUUGAGUGGGAGCAAAAGCUUAAGGACUGUCUGUUUGGUAGUAUCCAGGAGGAAGUAGUACAAGACGCAGAGAGCGUGAGGAACCAGCAGCAGCAGCAUCUACAGCAGCAUAGCUGUACCCUGGAUCAAUGUUUCCAGCUGUAUACCAAAGAAGAGCAGCUUGCCCCAGAUGACGCCUGGAAGUGUCCCCACUGCAAGCAGCUCCAGCAGGGCAUGGUAAAGAUGAGCCUGUGGACACUACCCGACAUACUCAUCCUUCACCUGAAGCGCUUCCGACAGGUAGGCGAGCGCAGAAACAAACUCUCAACCCUGGUCCAUUUCCCCCUGACUGGCUUGGACAUGGCCCCCCAUGUGGUGAAGAGGAGCCAGAGUAUGCGCAACCUGAACAGCGGGUCCUGGAUCACGUCCUGGCCUAAAGUCUCAGGGAAACAUCACCCGUCCGCUGACAUGACCCUCCCUCACGACUAUCUGUACGACCUCUACGCCGUGUGCAAUCACCAUGGAGGAAUGCAUGGAGGACACUACACUGCUUAUUGCCGGAACUCUGUAGACGGGCUGUGGUACAGCUAUGAUGACAGCAGUGUGGACUUGGUCCCAGAGGAGGAAAUAUGUACCAGAGGGGCCUAUAUUCUCUUCUACCAAAGACGCAACAUCAUCCCUCCAUGGUCGGCCAGUAGUUCCCUCAGAGGCUCUACCAGUUCUUCAAUGUCAGACCACUGGUUGAUCCGACUGACGGGAGACAGCAAGAGAGGCAGUAUGGUGUCACGGUCCUCUACCACCUGUCCGUCUUCCGUUCCCGACUCUCCCGAGUCUCCUGUCUUCCUUGAGAAUAAUGCUAAACAAGAGAAAGGUGGAUUUGAGAGCAGACCUUUUAUCAGGGGACUCCAAGGCCGCAGCGUGAGCAUGAGGGCACCCAGCAAGACCAGGGACACCCUAACCAAAGUGCUCCCCAUGCGUUGGUCCUUUGGAUCCAGAGACCGACGAAAGCCCGAUCCCGCUCCUCCGUCUGCUGAAAAGCCCACCCCUGUUGAACUGGUCCAGUACUUAGAGUCCGGCCGGCGGCCUCGCUGUACAAAAGAUCCCAUCGUGUCAUUAAUGAAUGAACCCCGAAGCACAAAGGAAACGAAUGGAAGCCAAUCCUCAAGUGCGAAGCGGCUUAGUUGUGUGGGGAAAACGGGAGAUGAGUCGCAGCCGGAGUGUAAACAAGUGCCGGAGGGCCAGAGGAGGCCAUCUGAUAAAAACUCCAGCUUGAGACGGAGUAAAGACAAGCAGCCAAAAGACGAGGGUGCAAUCAGCGGUAGCUCGAGUAGUAACAGCAACAGUCUUAUCAGAAGAAAAGAAGCCAGGAGGCAAAGCUCCUCCAACACGCAGCAGUAUACUGAUAUCAAGCAAGGUGUUCAGACCAGCCAUAGCACCUCCAGCAUUCUUUAUGGCACCCUGAGAAGGAGAGAGAAAGAGAACCGGACUGAUCAGGAACGGCAUACUGCAAAUGAAGGAGGUUCGAAGUCCAAGAGCCAAGAGGGGCUUCUGUCUUUUUUUAAAGGUAACUUUCUGAGGAGGGACAAGGACUCCAGGAAUUCAGGGAAGGGAGGAGACGACGACGACGACGACGACGGCGGCAGAAGGACUGUGCCCAGGCAAACGCUGUCUAACGGAGCAGCAGGAGGCGAGCGAAGAAGAUCUCACGGCUCAAGUCAUCAGGGUGAAGAACUGUCCAACGGGAAGGCUGGACGCAGCUCAUCGGACAUCAAACGCUCCCAGAGCUCGUCCAGCCUCCCGGCCAAGACCGAGCUGAGUAUGCGUAGGACGGCGUCUUUGCAUCGGAACGGCACAUCCACACCCUCGGCACGCGGGCAGAAUGCGGACAAAACACCUUACGGUACUUUACAGAGGACUCGCUACAGCACAACCUCGUUGGGACGCAAAAAGUCUGUGCCAGAGUCGAGCUUCUGACAGGGACGCCAUGUCUGUCGAAAGCAAUAGAGCACAAUCAUUGCCAGCUUUCCAUAAUGAAGAUCAGAACGAUAUACUGUGAUCUCGCUCUCUUGAUCGAUGAAUGUGACUUGAAACAAGUGCCUCAGCAACUUCUAUGCAGUUUGGACUCAUGUGUUGGACGACAAACACAACUACCUAACAAUAAUAAUCCACAUUUGUGUCUUAUAGUGACGUUUUGUUAUUGCUUACAAUCACGACACAUUGAUUGUUUCAUGACAAGAAUGUAACAUGUCCUCCGGAUCCACUCGGUGAAUCAUAUAUCCAUUUAUCCUGGUGUGACCUUCGACCCCAUUGUGGACCCUUCCAUUAGUUAUCCAUUUAUGUGAUGCACACAACAUUACAAAUCACUUCCGGACGUGAGUUAUGAGUUAUUUAAAUUAGCCAUUUUUCUGCCCUUGGGCAGCCAUGCAUUUGUUGUUGAGUACUUAUCAUUUCCUUUCUUUCUCUUUGUACAACCGCAAAAGAAACAACUUCGAAAAAAAAAAUCACUGUUCAUAAAAACACUUUCGGAUGUGCGCAUUUAAAGCUAGCGACACAAACCGGAAGUCAUUUAAAGCACUGGCAAUUGUGACCAACCAGAGCGGAGUAGGCGUGUCUGGAGGCGGACUGUGGGUAUAAUACAUUAAAACAGACUGUUUAUGCUAGAACCACGAAAUCCAAAGAAAUCCACUUGAAUAGGCGCAGAUUCUAGAAGAACGAGAAAGCUUUAUGUGCUGGUUUUUGUGUGUAGCUGCUCUAUAGUAGUCCACAAGUCAGUACAAAUGCCUGAAGAAUGAGCAUAAUCAGUCCGCUUUAACAAAACAGAAAACUUUUCCUUUCAUUCAGUCGUGCUUAGGAUGAGCACACUCUUCUCUUUGUACCACCGCAAAAACAAACACUGAUUUCAUAAAAAAAAAAUCACUGUUCAUAAAAACACUUAAUUUCGGAUGUGCGCAUUUAAAGCUAGCGACACAAACCGGAAGUCAUUUAAAGCACUGGCGAUUGUGACCAACCAGAGCGGAGUAGGCGUGUCUGGAGGCAGACUGUGGGUAUAAUACAUUAAAACAGACUGUUUAUGCUAGAACCACGAAAUCCAAAGAAAUCCACUUGAAUAGGCGCAGAUUCUAGAAGAACGAGAAAGCUUUAUGUGCUGGUUUUUGUGUGUAGCUGCUCUAUAGUAGUCCACAAGUCAGUACAAAUGCCUGAAAAUGAGCAUAAUCAGUCCCCUUGAACAAAACAGAACACUUUUCCUUUCAUUCAGUCGUGCUUAGGAUGAGUACACUCUUCUCUUUGUACAACCGCAAAAACAAACACUGAUUUCAAAUCCAUUUCUCCUACAGGAAUUAAUUAGAUACAUAGAAGUACAGUAGAACCUUGGUUUUCAGCCUUAACCCUUUGCAAUGAAAACCAAAUACAUUUUUCUCAUGAGAAAUAAUCUUAUAAUGUACACUAGCUUCGUUCUUUGCUAUUACUUCUUUCUUGAUCAAAGCUCUGAAACUUUGUGUUCAUUGCUCAGAGUGCGUUCUAUGAACCAAAGUACCACACACUCACAUAAUCAAGAUGGACUCCCUGGCUGGAAUCUGUCUAUAGUGUCCCAUCUCCAAAUGAAACACAGAUACUGAGGCACCAACGUGUGGAUGCUUUGUUUGGGUACUCGACUAGUUUGUCAGGCGCAUGGCAACCAAGACAACCAAGCAUGAAAACCAAGACACAUUUAUGGAAGUCAUUUUUGUGGGAAACGCGGUGUACAGAAACCAAGGUUCUAACUGUCCAAUGGUCGCCAUCAUGAAACUUUAUUCACCGUACAGCCAAUUUGAAGUAACUUUUGAACAUUUACCACUCGUACACAAGUAUCAAAUAAGGUUUACCCUGUGAUAAUAAUACAUGAAAAUAAUAUACCAGAUCCAUAUUCUGUGCUGCUUUCACUUUCAAAAGUUGUUCUCGACAUUGCUGUUGUAAGCACACAAUGUAACACAGCAACUGCCUUCAGAGCUUCUUUAUUUCUCACUCAUUGCCGCAAAAAUGUGUCAAAAUAUUAUCUGUUUUGGAUGCUAUGAAACAUUUGCUUGCUUUCAUUUCCUUCGACCAAGAAACUAAUAAUUGGAAAAAGUUGCAUGUUUUGUUCGCCAGUGAAUUACUUUUUUUUUCAGUGUUUCCCGUUUUCACAUAUUGAAUGCUAUCAGUCAUUACCAUUCUUUUCAUCAUAAUUAGAGCAUAGAAACCCUGUUUAUGAUUUUCUGAGUACUGUUGUAAACAGCAGAUCCCUGUUGACAUGAAUUAACAACUUCACAUCUUAUACUGCAAGGACUUCAGACGGCCGCUCGCAAGUUAACAAGCAAGCAAGCUAAUCAGUUAGCCUCAAAUUUACAGUAUUUGUUAAAAUUAAAAAGGGGACACAAGGUGGCCGAGUGGUUAGCAUGUUUGCCACACAGUCAGGAGAUCAGGAAGACCUGGGUUUGAAUCUCUGUGUGGUGUUUGCAUGUUCUUCCCGUGCGUGUGUGGGUUUUCUCCGGGGACUCCAUAAUCGGCGACUCCAAAUUGUCCGUAGGUAUGAAUGUGAGUGUGAACAGUUGUUUGUCUAUAUGUGUGCUGUCUCUCACCCAAAGUCAGCUGGGAUAGGUUCCAGCAUCCUCCCGUCACCCUAAUGAGGACAAGUGCCGUAGAAAAUGGAUGGAUGGAGACUUAACAAAAUUACCACAUCCACAUGGAAUGAGAGGAGAACUUUAUUCACUCUCUGAUGUCAGGCAUGCCAAGGCUGACUCCAUGACUUCAUGCGGUGUUAAGGUAAUGUCAUGUAAGGUAAUGUCUCAUCAUUUUUUUACUAACAUGACUAAUAUUAUGCCUAAUAGACCAUAGUCUACCAACAACAACAAUCUGAAAUUCUGAAAAAUCACAUUAUUGCUGUGAAAUAUGAGAAAAGUUGUUUUAAAUUUUGUAACAUGUUAUAAGAAAAAAAAAUACAUUCGUGAAUUAAGCUGUAAAGACAAAAAAAGCAAUUUUAAGAGAGAAUAGUAAUAUGAGAAAAAUUAAAUUUUCACAAGGGCGGUGCAGACAGCAACAUAAGUGAGGUAAAUGUAACAAAAAGCACGUCUACAUGAUGGAUAUCAAAAGAGAUAGUAAAAGAUGAACAAAAACGGGAAACAACAAAAAUAUACAAAAUAAAGACAAGGAUCAUGACUAGUGGAGACUGGUGGAGAUUUGUACUUUUUAUUAUUAUUAUGUAACUAAAAACACAAGAUUUUGACAGUAGAAACUGUUCAUAUAAACACUUAAUUUCAAAUGUGCGCAUUUAAAGCUAGCGACACAAACCGGAAGUCCUUUUAAAGCACUGGCGAUUGUGACCAACCAGAGCGGAGUAGGCGUGUCUGGAGGCGGACUGUGGGUAUAACACAUUAAAACAGACCGUUUUUGCUAGAACCACGAAAUCCAAAAUAAUCCAGUUGAAUAGUCGCAGAUUCUAGAAGAACUUGAAAGCUUUAUGUGCGGGUUAUUGUGUGUAGCUGCUCUAUAGUAGUACACAAGUCAAUACAAAUGCCCGAAAAAUGAGCAUAAUCAGUCCCCUUGAACAAAAAAGAUGACUUUUCAAAUAAAAGUGAGGUGUAAACAGGCUCACUGAGUAUAGGGCAUUACUGUUGCAUCAACAAACUAUGUUUAUGGGCAGGACAAUCACGCCUUUGCAUGACAAAAAUAUGUCCUUUAUUAAGGGUAUUAUGGGUAUUAUCUCUUUGUCAUGAAAUGAGGUGGACUGGACUGAAUCAGUACUGCAUUAGCUGUGUUUUUGCGUAGUCAUAAAAACAUAAAAUUGUGUUUGUAAAAGGAAAUAAACAUUGAGAUUAACCCCAGUUGAACUGGGCGCUGUGGUCUGCCAAGGGAUGUGGAUUUGAUUGGUUUGACACUAGUUGCUAUUUUAGGCGAGAACAUUCUCUCUCUGGGCCUCUGGGUGAUAUGAGGUUUAGCAACACAGAGGCCAUUAGUGUCCAAAGCAACAGCACUGACGCCGUCGGGAAUAACAGCUAUGGGGACCGAUGGUGGGGGCAGAGCUGGGGGCGCUUUGGUUGGUGGAGGGAGAUGGAGUUGUUUCUUUUGGAUGAUGCAGUCCUCGGGAGUGAGGGGAACUAUUUUAGUCCUUGAUUUCAUCAAGCUUUUCAAGGUGAAGGUGAGGGAUUUCUGAAUUUGGGGUUCUGGAGGUGCUUGUCUGGUUGCUUUGUCAAGUCAAGUUUAUUUAUAUAGCCCUUAAUCACAAAAGAGCCUCAAAGGGCUUAACAAGCAGGCAACAGUAGAUGAUAGACAAUAGACAACAAACGACAAAUGACAUCCCCUGAUCUGAACCCCCAUCAGGGCAAGGAAAAACUCAAAAGAGAAAGGGAGAGAGAAAGAGCGGCAGUCAAAACAGGCAGGGAAUAGUUUUAACUAAACGCUAAAGUAUAGAAAUGAGUCUUAAGUCGGGACUUGAACAUUUCUACUGAGGUAGCAGCUCUAAUAUUAACAGGUAGAGCAUUCCACAACGUUGGGGCCCGAAUGGAAAAGGCUCUAGAGCCCGCAUACUUCUUUCUGGCUCUCGGGAUAGUCAAAAGACCGGCGUGUUGUGAGCGUAGGUUUCUAGACGGAGCAUAGGGUACAAUUAGGUCAACCAGAUAAAAAGGUGCCAACCCGUGUAAUAUUUUGUAAACCAGAAGCAGUACCUUAAAGUCACAUCUUAAAUGAACUGGGAGCCAGUGCAGGUUGGCUAGUAUUGGAGAAAUAUGGUCACACUUGCGUGUCCUUGUAAGAAGUCGCGCUGCAGCAUUUUGUACUAACUGCAAGCUUUUGAGACUCGCCAUUGGAAGACCAGAAAGCAGUACAUUACAGUAGUCAAGGCGAGACGUGACAAAUGCAUGGACUAGGGUCUCUGCAUCAGAGGUGAAUAGAAUAGGUCGUAUCUUCGCAAUAUUGCGAAGAUGAAAAAAUGCUGUUUUAGUAACAUUCUUAAUGUGCUUAUGAAAGGAUAGAGUCGGGUCCAAUAUCACACCCAGAUUUUUCAGAGUCACUUUGGGAAAUUAUGCUAUUAUCAAAACUCAGAGUGGUGUCCUUAAACAGGCGGCUCUGUUUAGCAGGGCCGGUGAUCAACAUCUCAGUUUUAUCAGGGUUCAAGAGUAAAAAGUUACAGGACAUCCAAUGUUUAAUAUCAAUGAGACAAGCCUCCAAAUUAGAGCAGUCCUGCGGGUCAGUUAACUUUAGUGGGACAUAUAGCUGAGUGUCAUCAGCAUAAGAGUGAAAGCUAAUCUUAUGUUUGCGAAUGAUGUCGCCAAGCGGCAACAUGUAAAUGUUAAACAAAAGAGGGCCGAGCUUUGGAUGAAUCCUUUGCUCAGGAUCUGGUCCAGGCCUAUUCUGGUAACCCGUCGGUCAUCCCAGUCCACCUCUGUUCCAAUGCGGGCCAGACUACAGAUAGUCAUGUGUUCAACUCCAGAAGGCGGCUCAUAUUUGGGAGAAGUUCACUGAUUGCCAACCAUGGUCCUCACCAGGGUUGCUGGUAUGCUGGAACCAAACUGUCUUUUCGGGCAAGAGGCGGGGUUCACACCCUGGACUGGUUUCUACUUUUAAGACUUUCAAAGUUCUUUAAGACGGUUCAGACGAUUGCGUUCUCACAUCCACUCCACCCGCAUUCACAAUCAGCUUUUUCACCCCUUGUUCAAAUCCAACAUUUUGACUUGCCGUCAACUUGGUCCAUUAUAACUGUCUUUACAGAACAGACUCGGUAUCAUUUAGGUUGUUUUUUCACCCUUUCCUUUGGCGGUAAAUGUAGACUUCACCGGAUUCCACUUGGAGUGUUUCAUGAAGUUUUUUUUCAUUUUCCAAGGCAAAAAUCCUUGCUUUUAGUGGACAGAUUUUUUUGCCGAUAUAUCCAUCAGCAUUCAUACAGACUUUGUUUGGAUUAUAAAAAUGUUUUGAAUGGUCUUGGUUCACUGAUAAGACUUAUAAUAAGACUACCAAAAGUAGAAUGUUUUUAAACUGAAUAAAGCAGUAGGCAUUCAGAAGCUAGCAUAGACACAAAUAAAAAUGCUAUAAUUAAUAAAUGUAAUUAUUUUUAAUAUUUUUUGUUGUACUUAUUAUGAUUUAUGAAUUAUAUUAUAUCAUAAAAUAAACUCAUAAAAAAUCUAUAUGGUGGGAAAAAAUAAUACAUCAGUGAUGAUCCUGCAUAAGUACAUAUGUGGUGUGUUUAACAAAGAAGCUAAGACAUCUAGUCAAAGAUCAUCUAUAUUACCGUGGGGUUGCUUUCUGCACUUUGGGGUUGAAUAAAAUGAUUAAAACAUCAAGAAGAGCUGUUAAUUCAGAUUUUUUUUGUUGACUUAAAUGGCACAAAUCCUCGAGUACUUCAAUUUUUACGUGUAGUAUACUGUAUGUGUGCGUCUGUAUGACACUUUUACAGUUUGUGUUGCUUCUUUCUGUAAGAAUGGUGGACUCUCUUGGAUGGAUGUUGUGUCUUUUACAUUUUCCUUGACUGCAUGAUGAUACAUAGCUUUAUUUUUAAAUACCAUAAAUAAAAUACAUGUAUAUUUAUGACUCUCGUGACCACUUCCAUCUUUCUACUUGAGUUGAAUUGGGUUCGCAUGGGUUACGGACGCAACAUUAGCCUGUGUUAGGCAUUAUUGUGUUGGGCUACAAUUCCCACAAGCCACAAGGUGUCGGACACCUGUUUCGGAUGAGCUGCACUUCACUACAGGCGCCUUUUGCAAGUAUCCCCAGCCUAGCAGAGGCUAACACUGGACUACAACUAAAACUACAUCUAAAACCAGGGUCUGGUUUGCUCCAAGCACCAUUUUUGGCUACCCCGACCUUUGGAGUGACAAUGGCAAUGAUAACCUGCAUUAGGUACACUUGCACAGUAGCACAAGAGCGGCAUCAAGCAUGCUAAAAUAUUAUUCAUUCAUUCAUUUUCUACCGCUUUUCCCCACGAGGGGGUGCUGGAGCC